CCACCACCAGUGUGCAUACUCAGCUUCCUCUCGCCCCACAGACUCUUCCUCUCCCCUGACGACGUGAAGUAAUCGAAGCCACCGAACACUCUCAUCCUCAAUUACGUCCGCCAUGGCCACGAAUGCUGCAGGAGGCGGUGGAGGCGGUCCAGCCGAUUUCAUCGGAGCUCUCAUCAGCCUCGUGUCCAAGUCGGACAUCCGCUACCAGGGUCUGCUGGCUCAGAUCGACCCCGUCAAGGCCACCAUCGCCCUCGAGCAAGUGCGUUCGUAUGGAACGGAAGGAAGACUAGCUUCGCAAGGAAAGCCUCAGGAUGAGAUCCCACCCAGCAACAACACAUACGAGUUCGUCACCUUCCGUGCAGCAGACGUCAAGGACCUUCGCAUCGAUGACCCUCACCCACCCAAGCAACAGCAGCAACCUCAGCAAGACUUUGUAGACCCUGCCAUCCUCGGAACUAGCCCGCCCAACACUCGCUUUGGGGGCGGAGUCCCCCCACCUGGUCCCUACGGUCCUCCUCCCGGUCAAUGGGGCCCACCGCCUCCUCACCCAGCAGCGUAUGGUGGUUAUGGUCCCGGUCCCUUCAUGGGACCGCCUCCGCCUCACUUUGGCGGACCAGGAGGACCUCAGAUGCAACGACCGCCUCAGCCUCAGCCUGCAUCUCAGCAAAACACUCCUGCUCAGGCGCCUGCAGCACCUGCAGCACCUGCAGCUGCAGUCUCUUCACCUAGCAAGCCCGCUGCAACGAAGACAAAGGCUGCUACAUCCGCACAAAAGACAAACGGCGCACUCGAAGAUGCCUCGAAGCCUGCACAAGUAGACUCCGACAAGCGCAAAGCUGCCGACAAGGCUGCUGCAGACCAGGUCGUCGCAGACCUGGCCAAGCUGAACGUAGGCGAUCAGAAGCCCAAGGGCGAGACUGCGGGAGCAGCGACAGCAGGCACUACGUCUUCUCAACCUCCCAAGUCCUCGGCAGCUCGCUCGCCCGUGGUCAAUGCAAGUCUGCCUGCCAGACCCGCUGCACCACGAGGCACCAGUGGUGGCAUCCCUGGCUCCGCUAAUCGCGCUCCUCGCGGACCUCCAGCAUCCGUCUUUGACAAUGGCACCUCCCGCAAUGGAGCUGGCCACAUCGAUGUCCCUUCGUCCGACUUUGACUUUGAAUCGGCCAAUGCCAAGUUUGCAAAGGAAAAGGCCGAGGCAGAAAAGGGUGGCAAUGACGAUGUGCUCGAGGCGAUCCCACCGCCAAAGGAGGAAGGCAAGAGCUUCUACGACAAGUCGAGCUUCUUUGACAAUAUUUCUAGCGAGGUUCGCGAGAGGCACGACCGAGUCACCUCGCCGCGACAGGAGAGGGGAGGAAUUACUACUGGUUUCGAUUCCGAAGGACGAGGAGGUGGGUCUGGUGGCUUUGGUGGUGAUGGCGCUGCGAGGGGUGGGAGGGGAGGAGGGCGUGGUGGUGGACGUCAGGCCCGCUUCGAAGAAGAUCGAAAGAAUCUAGACACCUUUGGUGAGGUGGGAUCUUCUCGAGGUGGGGGAAGAGGCGGACGUGGAGGUAGAGGACGUGGCAGAGGUCGGGGCCGAGGAGGACCUCGAGGGGGUGGCGGAGGGGCUAGGAUGGAUGCCUGAGGGAGGGCGACCAGUAGGGGAGGCGCAGAGCAAGCGAAGGGGUCAAGAGGCCGGAUACCGGGAGGGAGAAAUGUGAUGGGAGUCUCGACCUGGCUGAGCCGAUGAGCGAGACGCCUGCGUACCUGUUCCUCCGUAGUCUUUCGUUGCCUCUACCUGUCACCGCGCAUACGCUCUCUCUCUCAAUAGCACAAUGGUGAUCCGCCCUGUACAACGUCA